AUGGCUGGCUUUUUUAAGGACAUCUGGCAUACUAUGACCAGCUAUGAUCGACAUGCCGGAAUCGAUUCUCCUUACAGAAGCGGACGCCAUGUCCCAUUGAACCGGAACUCCGGCCUUGCGGGCGUUACUACUGCCUCCGAUUCCCGUGCCGACAUCAACUCACCCUACCUCCAAGGAGAUGGCCGUGGUUCAACCAUGAGCUUCGACACCUCAUACGGCGGACGCGCCAUAUCCCCCAUGCCGAGUCCCGCCAACGGUGGCCCCUAUUCCCCCGGGUUAGUGAGCCAACGACAAUCUUCUCACCAAGAUGCCUUCGAUAUGCAGAGCCCGACCGGCGAGAUCCCCAUGCAGAACUUCCAGAAUGGCGGCCCGCCUCCUCCACCAGUUGCCAGCUCGUGGGAAAAGAUUGACAGUUGGGCCGAGGAGCACUAUCCCGAGUUGUUCGACCAACUUGGCGAGGGGUGCACCGUCAACGAUCUGAACGAACUCGAAUACCAGCUCGAUUGCACGCUUCCUCAAGAUCUCAGGCAGUCGCUGCAAAUUCACGACGGCCAGGAGCGCGGUGGUCUCCCUACCGGCAUUAUUUUCGGGUCCAUGUUGCUCGACUGCGAGGAGAUGGUUCAGGAGUGGGAGAACUGGAAGACAGUAAACCAGGAGUUCAUGUUGGAUCCUGUGCUCGUCAAGCGACAAUCUCAAGCAUUUGCCGCUCAAGCCUCAUCAUCAAAGGAUGCCCCUAACCGCAACCAAAACUGGCGACAAGAACUUCUGAACAAGCAGGAUUCCGUCCCCCCACUCGCGAUUCAGAAGGCGUAUGCGCAUCCUGCCUGGAUUCCCCUUGUCCGUGACUGGGGCGGCAACAACUUGGCUGUCGAUUUGGCGCCUGGGCCAAGGGGCCACUGGGGUCAAAUCAUCCUAUUUGGUCGCGACUACGAUGUAAAGUACGUUGUGGCCCGGUCGUGGGCGCACUUCAUUGCCAUGGUUGCGGAGGAUCUUAGCAGCGGGAGGUGGUUCGUCGAUGAGGAGACCAACGAGCUCAAGCUGCGUGAGUUUAAGGCGACCCGCGUUGAGCCGUCUUAUUUCGAGAUUUUGAGGUGGAGGAUGGAUCAGAAGUACGGCCGCACCGCCAACAAGCGCAAGUCCAUGGCGCCUUCCAUGGCUUCGGCUUCCGGCAUGCGCUCUCCUCCUACUCCCGGCUCUCCCUACCAAAGCCCAACAGAUCACAACGAGCCUCGUGGUCGGUCACUACACCGUCUCACUGGCACUUCGCCAAUGUCGAGUCCCAUCCGACCGGGUUAUGGAAAGCCAAGCCCAUUGGCGCGCGUCGCUGAGGAAGCGCCUCCUACCACCUCUCUUACGGCUAGCAAUGCUUCCACCGAGGCCAAGGGUGACAACUUGAUUGAGGUAAACACCCCAAGGACAAGCGGAGAGCACAGCAGGGAGGACAUCAAGGUCAAUGGUGAGGAGGAAGCUCCCGCGAAGGAAAGGACAAGCGAGGAUAAGGAGAAGAAGCCCGAAACUGAGGCGAACGGAAAGGCGACAGAGUCCAAGGGCAAGCAACCAACAGUGGAAGACGGCGAGGAUAUGAAGGAGAUCGAGAUUUGA